AUAUUUGUUUCAUUUUGGCACGUUUAGUCCUCCAUAAUUAUACACGUUGAUCGAUGGCUUUGACACCCUGCUACUCCUCAAUUUCUUGUGGCUGUACUUUUUAGACGAUCCCUAACCACUCAGAGGCGCAGAUGUAAUUCCAUAGAGAUCAAUGUCAUUUCUAAUUUGCAAUGCGUUAGUGAUUCUGUCAGAAAAGAGGUUGUAGUCCAGUGCAUAAGUUGCCAGGUUCAGAAUUUAGUGUUAGUAUCUUAUUUGGACGUUUCGUUCCUGAGCUAUUGAAGUAGGAAGUCCGAAUAUCCCAAUAUAAAACUAACUUUAUCGCAGUAUUUUAAUGUAUGAGUCUGUCCCGGUUGAUUUUGCUGCGCAGGUGCCAGGUGCGCGUUUUACCAGGUCGUCUCUAUGUGGCGGACAACGGGAGUUCCGGGUAUGUUGGGUAAUUUGGGUCAGAAUCCACUUGCGCUCUAGUCUGGUCUGAUGUGUUACGGUCUCCUGAGGUAGGGGGCGCUGUUUCCAAAAUGAGUCUCUCAGGGGAGCCAGAGAAUAAAGAUGGAAUCCACAACACUGACAGAAAGAGGGUCCAGGUAGAAAGAGCAGGGUCACCUGUACCCAGCUGUGUGUCUGUGAAGAGUGAUCAUUCAAUGGAUCCUCCAUUCUACUUCAAAGGAGAGCCCACAGGUGAUUCAAGGGUCCAGGUAGAAAGAGCAGGGUCACCUGUACCCAGCUGUGUGUCUAUGAAGAGUGAUUAUUCAAUGGAUCCUCCAUUCUACUUCAAAGGAGAGCCCACAGGUGAUUCAAGGGUCCAGGUAGAAAGAGCAGGGUCACCUGUACCCAGCUGUGUGUCUGUGAAGAGUGAUUAUUCAAUGGAUCCUCCAUUCUACUUCAAAGGAGAGCCCACAGGUGAUUCAAGGGUCCAGGUAGAAAGAGCAGGGUCACCUGUACCCAGCUGUAUGUCUCGGAAGAGUGAUCAUUCAAUGGAUCCUCCUUUCUACUUCAAAGGAGAGCCCACAGGUGAUUCCAGGCUGCAAGUAAAAAGACCAGGGUCACCUGUUCACAGCAGUCAGUCUACGAAGAGAAUUUGCACAAUGGAUCCUACACUUGCCUUCAGAGGAGAGUUCACAGGUGAUCAAAGGGUCCAGGUAGAGGGAGCAGGGUCACCUGUACCCAGCUGUAUGUCUAUGAAGAGUGAUCAUUCAAUGGAUCCUCCAUUCUAUUUCAGAGGAGAGUUCACCGGUAAUUCAAGGUAAGUGAUCUGGUUCAUGCUAACACUACUGAUUAAUGAAAUCUUAAUCCCUUUUGCAACUUUCAGGUGGAGUGUAUGCAGGGGUUAAAUUGAGAUUUGAGAGGUGGGUGGACCCUGAGAUCCGGUGGGAGGUGGGUGAAAAAAGGUACAAACUAAUGAAUG